UAUAAUAAUGUAUUGUGUCCCCAACCCCUAUCGCUGUCAUUACAACUAUUCCUAUACGCUCACUUUCAUGUCCAUUAUUUUCCCCCCUCCCUCACUCUAUCUUCUUCUCAUUCACAAUCAAUUUCCAUUUGUCAGUUCCAUCAUCAUAAAAUCAUAAAUUUUAUAAUGCAUGUAUAUUAUUCUCUUUCCCAUCUCAUUAUUAUAUAGCCUCGUUAAAUCAACUUGUUUGCAGGAAAUUGGUACGUAAUUCCCAAUUAUGACUCGUCUUUUGCGAUCUAAGUCGUAUACUUUUGGCCGGGUUUCUGCUUCCAACUCUUCAUCAGUUCUAGACUUGUCUCCUCAUUGUUCCUCUCUCUAUGAUUACGAACAAGUAAAUAAAGAAGAAGAAGAAGAAGAAGAAGAAGGGGAAGAGGGAUUUUUAAGUCUGGACCCAAAGCGACGGAGUCGGGUUUCCGGUGAUGAGCGGGGACGUCAGAGCCAUGACAAUAACCAAUCACCAAUUCUGGCGGUUUUGGUGACGGCGCUCCGGAAGUCGUUGGUCACUUGCAGUGUGGAUAGAGAUGAUGUAGCUAACAUGGACAUUGGAUGGCCCACCGAUGUCUGUCACGUUUCUCAUGUUACAUUUGAUCGCUUCAAUGGCUUCCUUGGCUUGCCUAUUGAGCUUGAGCCUGAAGUUCCCUGUAAAGUCCCUAGCGCAAGUGCAAGUGUUUUUGGAGUUUCUGUCCAGUCAAUGCAAUGUUCAUAUGACCAAAGAGGAAACAGUGUGCCAACAAUACUUCUUGAGCUGCAGAGUCGUCUGUAUACUGAAGGAGGCCUACAAGUAGAAGGAAUAUUCCGGAUUAAUGCUGAAAAUAGUCAAGGAGAAACUGUGAGGAACCAGCUGAAUAGUAAAGGCGUAGUUCCAUAUGGAAUUGAUGUUCAUUGUUUGGCAGGAUUGAUUAAGGCCUGGUUUAGGGAGCUGCCUACUGGUGUACUAGAUUCUCUAACCCCAGAGCAGGUGAUGAAUUGCAACACUGAAGAAGAGUGCACCCAACUAGUGAACUUACUUCCUCCAACUGAAGCUGCACUGCUUGACUGGGCAAUCAAUUUAAUGGCAGACAUUGUGCAUAAUGAGCGUUAUAACAAGAUGAAUGCAAGGAAUAUUGCCAUGGUGUUUGCUCCUAACAUGACUCAGAUGGUUGAUCCUUUGACUGCACUAAUUCAUGCAGUCCAAGUAAUGAACCUCCUUAAGACGCUUGUUAUAAAGACCCUUCAUGAAAGAGAAGAAUCACAUGUGACAUGCCAAAUGCAGUCACCACGUGCUAACAUUUCCAGUUGCAUGGUAGAUUAUCUCUCAACACAAUCAAAUGGAGUACUUACUAAAGAGCCAGCUCUGGAUGGCUACUCUCACAAAAAACAAACUGCUGGUGAACUCUCAAGAAGUGCCACUUUAGACAGUACAGAAUGCGAGUCAGGGGAGCAAUUCUGGAACUGUAGGAGUACUACAAGUGAUGCUGGAGAGGAAUGUGAUUCCGUUGUGAAGACCUCUCCAGACGUUACUCACAAAAGACAAACACUAGAGAGUAGGUUUAGAGAGGGAUUUGACACUGGGGAGGCUGAGAACACAGUGUUUAGACUUAGUUUAAGGAAGGGAAUGCAAAAGCUAUGCAGGCAUCCUGUAUUUCAACUGAGUAAGCCAGUAAAGAAGAGCAGACUUAUCGGGAUUGUAAAUAGUAGGAGAGGAGGCAGAGAAGCAUUGGCAUGAAACGGGUAACCUCAGGAUGGGAUCUUUGUUAUCACUUUGUCCUUAAUAUUUGCUGCAGUUUGUACUAAUAUUGGUAUCACUACUGUUUGUCCAGAAUUUAGUGAGAGAAGCAUAUUAUUCAUAGAGUGUUCCAGGUACUAACAUGUAGUUUGAUGAACAUAUUGAUAGAGGUGUGCCUCAAAAGUAUAAUUUGUUGCUUCAUUUGCCAGCCUACUGUAGCGCCUUAACAGCAGCACUGGAGUAGUGCAAAAGAAGGAGAAGUAUGUAUAAUUGGUGGUGUUAGACUUAAACUUUAGAAAUGUGAGCAGAAAGCAGUAUUGUUUCCAUUGAAAAACUCAUAGUAUUUGGUGGAUAUAUAUAUACCUCUGUGAUU